ACGGUCUUCCCGCCCUCCCGCCUCCGGAGCUGGUGCUUGAGGGCAGUGGAGACCUGGGCUUUUUGUGCUCUGCCGGGGAGCGGCAGGUGCCUUGGGCGGACCCCAGUCCCUUCUGUAUUUCGAGCGCCCGCCUUACAUUUGGCUUCUAAGCAGAGAGAGCCCUAGGGACAGCAGAGAGGCGCAGUGGCCUGACGGAGGACCUGACGGGUCCAUCUUGCUCAGAGUCGCUCUGCGGGACCUGGGCUGAUCACAGCACCUUUGCACCUCGCUGAGCAGAGGAACUGAGCUCGAGGCUUCUCAGCGCUGCAUGCACUUUGUUCCCAGGUGACCCGAAUUCGCGUCUCUAGAGCGUGGUCUCCCAGAGGACAGAGGCUGUGUGGAGGGCGGCCAAGUUUAAAGUCUGUCCUUCUGAUGAAAAGAGCGAGGAAGAAUGGACUACAGCCACCAAACUUCCCUAGUCCCAUGUGGAAAAGAUAAAUACAUUUCCAAGAAUGAACUCCUCCUGCAUCUGAAGACCUACAACUUGUACUAUGAAGGCCAGAAUUUGCAGCUCCGACACCGCGAGGAAGAAGAUGAGUUCAUCGUGGAGGGGCUGCUGAACAUCUCCUGGGGGCUGCGCCGGCCCAUCCGUCUGCAGAUGCAGGAUGACAAUGAGCGCAUUCGCCCCCCUCCUUCCUCCUCCUCCUGGCACUCUGGCUGUAACUUGGGGGCUCAGGGCACCAUCCUGAAGCCCCUCACCAUGCCCGACAUUCAGAUCACAGAGGUGGACGCUGCAGCCGAGAGUGACCAGACAUCCAGCCCCACAGACUCCAGAGGCCUGAAGCCCCUGCAGGAAGAUACCCCGCAGCUGAUGCGUACACGCAGUGAUGUUGGGGUGCGUCGCCGGGGCAACGUGAGGACACCCAGUGACCAGCGGCGAAUCAGACGCCACCGCUUCUCCAUCAAUGGCCAUUUCUACAACCACAAGACGUCGGUGUUUACCCCGGCCUACGGCUCCAUCACCAACGUCCGCAUCAACAGCACCAUGACCACCCCGCAGGUCCUCAAGCUGCUGCUCAACAAGUUUAAGAUUGAGAAUUCGGCGGAGGAGUUUGCUUUGUACGUGGUCCAUACCAGCGGUGAAAAACAGAAGCUGAAGAACACCGAUUACCCGCUGAUUGCCCGAAUCCUGCAGGGCCCGUGUGAGCAGGUCUCCAAGGUGUUCCUUAUGGAGAAGGACCAGGUGGAGGAGGUCACCUAUGACGUGGCCCAGUAUAUAAAGUUCGAGAUGCCUGUCCUUAAAAGCUUCAUUCAAAAGCUCCAAGAGGAGGAAGAUCGGGAAGUAAAGAAGCUGAUGCGCAAGUACACCGUGCUACGGCUAAUGAUUCGGCAGAGGCUGGAGGAGAUAGCCGAGGCCCCAGAAACAAUCUGAGCCACAAGAAGGAGGGGAUCCAGACACCAUUUGGAUCACCAUUGACAUGAGAAGACCCGCAGGAAGCUGGGUGCCUUCCUUCCACAGAAACAUUGAAAAACCUCUUCAGCUCCAGGACGGAGAAGCCAGCAGAAAGCUCCGCAUCUUUGGAUCCCUGCUCUUUUCCUUUCUUUCAUUUACAAGGACUUCUGAUUUUUGUUAUUAGGAGGACCCAAAAUGUGUCUGUGCAUGCACACACACAUCCGCACACGUGUGCACACAUAUACAUGUCCACGUGCCUACCUGAUAUUCACAUGCAAUUAAAUUCCAAGCAACCAGCACAAGUGCCGUGAGGCUAGUGGAUGGGCUACUCACGGGCAAGAAAAUCAGGGGAGGCACCCGUCUGAGGGGUUUCAGGCUGAAGGAGAUUUCUCUCCUCAAAUGCCUGGGAGCAGCCACACGUGUCUGCCCACGUUGGGAAGCGGGAGGCAGCUCAGUGAGCUCCCGUGCUAGUAGAGAUUCUCCCUGUACGCCCAGAAAGAUGUGUGACUGUGAGAGCCUUGGAAACAAACAAGACCACAGCCCCUUGCACUUGGGGCUGGUCUCAUGGAAAGAGAAAAAGAUAAACCAUCAGUGGGGUAAAUGCAAUAAGCCCGCGUUUUUACACUGGAAACUUUGAUUUUGAAUAACAAAGAUGUAUGUGGUAAUCUCUGUGGGUGCCCAUAAAGAAUGGAUUCUG